AUGGCCCAGAAAGAGAAGCUGCAGUGCCUGAAGGACUUCCAUAAGGACACCCUGAAACCGUCACCUGGUAAGAGUCCAGGCACGCGCCCAGAAGACGAGGCUGAGGGGAAACCGCCCCAGCGAGAAAAGUGGGCCAGUAAGCUGGACUUUCUGCUCUCCGUGGCCGGAGGUUUUGUGGGUUUAGGCAACGUUUGGCGUUUCCCGUACCUCUGCUACAAGAAUGGCGGAGGUGCUUUUCUCAUCCCAUAUUUCAUCUUCCUGUUUGGUGGAGGUCUCCCAGUGUUUUUCCUCGAGGUCGCUCUCGGGCAGUUCACCUCUGAGGGAGGGAUCACCUGCUGGGAGAAACUUUGCCCCAUCUUUACUGGAAUAGGCUACGCAUCCAUAGUGAUCGUGUCACUGCUUAACGUCUACUACAUUGUGAUCCUUGCCUGGGGACUGUAUUACCUACUGCAGUGUUUCCAGCGGGAACUGCCAUGGGCACGUUGCAGACACAGCUGGAACACACCCAACUGUGUGGAGGACACUAUCCGCAAGAACAAGACUCUCUGGCUCUCCGCCAACGCAACCAACUUCACCUCACCCGUCACCGAGUUCUGGGAACGGAACGUCCUCAGUAUCUCCUCAGGCAUUGAUGAGGUUGGGGAACUGAAGUGGGAUCUGGCCUUGUGUCUGCUGGCUGUCUGGGUUAUCUGCUUCUUCUGCAUCUGGAAAGGGGUCAAGUCUACUGGCAAAGUGGUGUAUUUCACGGCUACCUUCCCUUUCCUAAUGCUGAUUGUGCUGCUGGUGCGUGGUGUAACACUGCCUGGUGCUGCAGAGGGAAUCAAAUUUUACCUUUACCCCGAUCUGAGCCGUCUGCAGGACCCCGAGGUUUGGAUUGAUGCAGGGACUCAGAUUUUUUUCUCUUAUGCUAUUUGUCUGGGUGCAAUGACAUCUUUAGGAAGCUACAACAAAUACAAAUAUAACUGCUACAGGGAUUGCUUGCUGCUAGGGGGUUUAAACAGUGGGACCAGCUUUGUAUCAGGCUUUGCCAUCUUCUCUGUGCUGGGCUUCAUGGCGCAGGAACAGGGCGUGGCCAUCGCUGACGUGGCUGAGUCAGGUCCUGGUCUGGCUUUCAUUGCUUAUCCCAAAGCGGUGUCUAUGAUGCCGUUGCCCACGUUCUGGGCAAUUCUCUUCUUCAUCAUGCUUCUGCUGCUGGGCCUAGACAGUCAGUUUGUGGAAGUGGAGGGUCAGAUUACGUCGCUGGUGGAUCUGUACCCAUCCCUCCUAAGGAAGGGAUACCGACGGGAAAUCUUCAUCGCUGUCAUAUGUGUCAUCAGCUACCUACUGGGACUCACUAUGGUCACUAAAGGUGGCAUGUAUGUGUUCCAGUUGUUUGAUUACUAUGCAGCCAGCGGUGUGUGCCUUCUCUGGGUUGCAUUCUUUGAAUGUGUAGCAGUUGCCUGGGUUUAUGGCGUUGAUAAUUUCUACGAUGCGAUUGAGGAUAUGAUUGGCUACAGACCAAACGUCUGGAUGAAAUGGAGCUGGACUCUCAUCACACCUGUCUUGUGUGUGGGUUGCUUUGUCUUCUCUCUGGUGAAGUACAAGCCGCUCACCUAUAAUAAGGUGUACGAGUAUCCUGAUUGGUCGAUCGGGGUGGGUUGGUGUUUGGCUCUGGCCUCUAUGAUCUGUAUCCCAAUGGUAGUCGUCAUCAAGAUCAUCCAGUCCGACGGCUCCCUCAUCGAGCGGAUCAAAGCGGUGGCAGCGCCAGUGAAGGGAGGGGCCAGCUCACGGCCCAAAGAGUACAGUCUGAAAAACAGUGAGCUGCUUCAUCCCCUGGAUCCUAACGGCACAAUCGCUCACACCAAACCUACUCACACCAUCGUAGAAACUACUAUGUGA